ACCCCCCACUCCCACCCACCCCAAAAAAAAACCGAUGAAAUUCCCGAUCAACUUCUGUGCGCAGGUAACGCCUCGAUGAUCCUAGAUCGCGGCGUCUCUCUCAACUCUCGGUCGUUGUAAUCCCUGCGGGUGACAACGGCCGAAAGUUCUAACAAUCACCGACGAAUCGCCCUUUGAAUGUGGCGGUCAAAAUCGACGUCUACUCGGUCAUUUUAAGAAUUCGACUUUAAUUUUACAGACGCACCGGUUGGAAGCGAACGGGGUUGUUUGUUGUUGUUGUGAGCUAUUUGGGUCGUCCGUUUGUUGUUUUGUUUUGAGAAGCGCCCGUGCGGGAAGCCGAACGUAAAGUGUGAUGUUGCGCUAGCGUCUCAACGUUUUGUGAUCGCAAAGUUUCGAACUCAUCAUCGCCGCUCGCGCCUGGAACGUUCGACACCCCGCGCGCGACACGCACUUGGGAUAAAUAUUUUAGAAUAAAAUCGGAACGAACUGUUAUCAUUCGAGCGACAAAUAACUCUCUCGCAACUGAUUUUUUUUUAAAGUAUUUUUUGGUUUUUUUUUUACGAGAAUCGGAAAUUAUUCACCACAAUCGCAUUUGCCCGCCUUAAACCGCUCCGUCUCUUUAACAAAUUCGCCAGCACUUCUGUUUUCACGUCGGCCUUUUUAUUUUUCCUCCACCACCCCCCCCCAUCUCAAACCAACCUCAAAUUCCGAUUUUCUCAAUCACCGCAGUCACCACCACCACCACAAAGUCCACCGCUGAACUGAACAAUCCGCUAAGCUCGCUAGCUCUAAGCCCGACAGCGAUCUGCGCUCCCACACACACACACAUUGAUUUCGUCUUGAAUCGACAUCAUCCUGGAAAGGGAAAUCAAGGUUAUUAUUAUUAGUAGCAGUAGUAUUCAUCUUGGCUCAGAUCUGGAACAAUUUUUCAUUUUAACUUUUUUCCAAUAUUUUUUUUUUUUACUUCGUUCCAUUUGAGCCGUCGAUCUUCUCGCUCCACGAGGCGAUCCCGAGCCCCCCGGGCCGCGCCCCGUGCAAUGACCCCGCGCGUCCACCCCCGCUAACGCGCCGCUCCUCCUCGGGCCCUCAAGGCCGCCGCCUAAUGGGCAUCGGAGGCGGUCGCCCUUCAUCCCGGGAGAUUCAGGAGCCGCCACGAUGGCGCCGCUAAAACGGUCUGCCACACCUCGUCGUCGUCUCGACUCGCCACCUCCUCCUCCUCCUCCUCCACCUCCUCCACCUCCUCCACCUCCUCCACCUCCACGUGGGCUCACGGCGCCGCGGCUUCCUCGUCGGCACCGCGCCGCUCCUCCGCGCCGCAGCCACCUGGCGCCCGCCGGCCUCGUCGUGUUCAUCGCCCUCGCCGGGAACCUCGUGCAGCGGUCCUUGGGAGAUGUGGACGUUCUCCAAAGGCUAGGCUUGACGCCCAACGUCAAGCUGGCGACGGCGAUGUCGCCACCCGCCAGGCCGGUGACCCGUCACGGUGCCGCGCCCGCACCGCCCGGCGUCACCCUCACCAAGAAAUCCCAGGUGGAGGCCAAGGUCUCCGACGUCGUUCCGCCAGAUUUUUUCGCCGGCAAUUUCUCCAUCGUCCUGAGCGUCCGCUCCCUGCGGCCGAGCCACGCGUUCCUCCUCAGCGUCGUCGCGCCGGCGGGGGGGGCGGGGGAGGCCCUCGCCGCCGAGGCCCCCCGCGCUCCUCUUCGGCCUGCAGCUGCUGCCGCGGAAGGUGGCGGUCCACCUGGCCAAUGGGAAGCCGCUGCACUUCGCCGUCGACCUGCACGACUCAAAGCCGCGCAGCGUCGCCUUGGCCGUGACGGAGCGGAGCGUGACGCUCUACACCAGGUGCGGCCGCCAGUUCCUGCGGAAGAGCGUCAGCGCGGCCGCCAGGCCAGCCGUCGGGCCCGAGGCUCUGUUCAGGCUCGGAAGGCUGUCCCGCCGCGCGGUGCCCUUCGAGGGCCUUGUUUGCCAGCUCGACCUCUUCCCCUCGGCCGCCGUGGCCGCCAACUACUGUUCCGUCGCUCGCGAGGAGUGCCGAGGCGACGCCGGCGAUGACAGCGGCGGAAUCGCGUCGCUUUCAUUGACGACGCCGAGCGAGCGGCGAGACGAGGUCGAUGCCUCGCUGCCCUCCUUUCAGCGGCCCAGCAAAGGCUUUGCCGCAGACGCCACGGAACGGAGGCCCGAGAGGAUGGCCGCUCCCCAAGCAACGGCGCCCCCUCAUCACGCGGCGGAAGGCGGGAGGCGGUGGGGACGCGCGCCCCCGGCUGCGGCGGCCAAGCGGGUCCCGACAACGGCGAGCGAAAACCAGGCCUCGCAAAAGCCUACGGCCUCGGCAAAGGAGCCGGUAGCUUCUUCGAACGGUGGCGGCGGCGACGGUGGCGAUGGCACGCCGAAGAAGGCUGGCAAGGGCCCGCAGUCGUCGUCGUCGUCAACGAUCACAAAGCCGACCGCUCCUUCGGAGAAAGCGGUCGGCCGUUUAAAUCUGCCAGUCGGGGAACUACGGCGGUGGCGUCGGAGGCAGUGGUGACAGUCGAGGAAAACAAAAAACCGGCGGCCUCGAAGACGCCCCCAAAGGCCAAGGCCUGAAGUGUCGAGCUCGCUUGGCCCGGGCGCCACCGGCGGGAGAAGCAGGACAUCCGAGAGUCCGCCGGAGACGCGACACGAAACGGAAGGCGCUUCAGAAGGGCGGGCAGACGGCCCCACCGGGAGAUGCCAUCGGUGGGGGUUGAUCGGCAGCAGCGGCCGGCGGCGGCAGGCGGCGGCAGCGUUGCGAUCCCUGGGCGGUGGGGGCGAGCCGGCGCCACGGUCACGAGGAGCCCGGCGGAUUUCGGCAAACGCGACGCAGAUCGAGACGCCCCCCCCCAACGUCGAGGCGGUGCUGGGCGGCGACGGCUACUCGGCAGGCCACGACGCCACCGACGCCACCGACGCCACCGACGCCACCGACGCCACGGGAUGCCAUGGUGCUGCCUGCGUGGCUCGGAGGGGCUCCAAGGCCCCCGUGGAGGACCCCGGGCCUCCAGUGAGUAUAAGCUGCGUGGGAUGCGUGCAUCUGUGUGUAC